GUCAGUCACUUUACAAGCGGAAACAGUUUGACCUCAUUUCCUCUGAAAUUUUUCUAGAAUUCUGUCCUUUGCACGAUUCGUUGUUGGGUGGAUUCAAUAGAUUAUUUUCCAGUCCUGCAUCCUCUGUCAACCGAGAGGGUCUUGAGUGAGUAAGCCAUGUCGCACACAAUUCUGCUUGUCCAACCAACCAAGAGACCAGAAGGCCGCACAUACGCUGACUACGAGUCAGUCAAUGAAUGCAUGGAAGGUGUUUGCAAAAUGUAUGAAGAGCAUCUGAAAAGGAUGAAUCCCAACAGCCCAUCCAUUACCUACGACAUCAGUCAGUUGUUUGACUUCAUUGAUGACUUGGCAGAUCUGAGCUGUCUUGUGUACAGAGCUGAUACUCAGACAUACCAGCCAUACAACAAGGACUGGAUUAAGGAGAAGAUCUACGUGUUGCUGCGGCGUCAGGCCCAACAAGCAGCAAAGUAAAGUCAUCUUUGACAUGUCCUGCUACACUCACCUGAAGAGUCAACAGAGAUCUAUAAUUGGAGAACAUGAUAGAUUUGUGUACAAGGACAACAUUUUCACUCUGACGAGAGGGGUUUUGUAUUAUACUAUACAUUAGAAAAGUAGCAGGUUUGCAAGAUGGGGUGAGAUAAGGAAAUUUGGGCUUUAUACUGUAGAUGGUUUAUGCUUGGCACAAUCUCAUUGUCAUACACAAUUUUCUAAAUUGUUACACAUAUGAGGUGGAUGUCCGUUAAACCGAGGAGAUCUAUGUCUGCAGAAAGGUUUUACAAUAUGUGGGGUGGGUAGAGGGUUUUUCUUUUUGUACUGUGGGCUUUAAAUGCAUUUACUUUUGAAGUAGAACUAGGUUAAGGUUAAGAUUUGUCAAAAUCCAGGAAGUAAAAAAAAUUCUGCAUUUCAUCCGUUAUUGUUUUUUCCCCAUAUAUAUUGAACCUACUGCUAUGGUGGAAAUUGUGUUUUUGUUGUUUUGUGUAAUGGCAGAUUUUUUUUUACUUGUUUUGUUUUGAUGAGUUUCACAAAAUAAACAAUUGUUUGUUUUUUCUGA